UGUUAAGUUGCAGGUUCGUUGCUUUCAGUUGAUUUGAGACCACGAUGCUGCGAAGAAGGUCCUCGGCAUCACUCUGCGCCCUCACUUUGGCCGCCAUGUGCAUUUCGCCCGUCCGUUCUUGGAUCAACACCUACAAAUCCGACAUACACCCUGAGUAUCCAGGGAGCUGUUAUGACGCUGAUUCUGGAGCCGUACUGACGCCGGGCGUCACUAUGACGUUGGCUGGAGGCGCCGGACGAACACCCGGGGAACACUGUGUCAGUAAAACCUGCAUCAGGGCGCCUGGACAUUCGACCGGGAACGACGCAAGGUCCGAACUUUUCGUCAAGGUUGAAAGGUGUACGCCACUCAAGGAGAUCGAUGGAUGCGAGAUAAUUCCUGGGCACGAGGAUCUGGUUUACCCAAGCUGCUGUCCGAGAUUACGAUGCAUCCAGACAGCUCCGGAACUGCAGUUAAAACCAGCAAAGCUUCCGCCGAUCGUUGUCGUCCAAGAGACUAUAUAAAGCGGACUUACAAUUCGUCUUCUUCUGUACAUAUUGUAUUUAUAAUAAACUAUAUUACUAUAUUACCGUAAA